AUGUGGUUCUCAUAUGUUUUCACCUUCUACUUCUUACUCCUCUCCAUCUUCCCCUUCCUCUCCAUCAUCCUCUUCCUCUUCUUCGCUCUUGCCUUCUCACCCCUUUCCCACUUCUCCUUCGUCCAGAACACACCUCUUCACCUCGAAUUUCUUCGCGCGUGGGUUUACCUUACCGGUUGGCGUGGCUCGCAACUCGGAUUUGAUUCUCAGUCCUGCGUUAUCCAGAUUGGAUAUCGCAAGCUAAUCACAUCACUUGUUGCAAUUCCAAUUGGUUUCUGCGAAAUGUCGCAAUCACGCGAAAGAUCCGUCACCAUAAAGACCGAGCCCGGGACCCAGCCCGCGGCCCCGUUGAGGUAUUCUGCAGCGCGCUCGCAGCCUUCGCGAUCAUCUAAGCCUGCUAUCAAAGUUGAUACUGGCACCAAAAAUGGCCGGAGGGCCGCGAGUACUUCUGAGCCGCCUGCAAAGAGAAGCAGGACUUCCUCCUCUACGACUUCCACCUCCACGGCCUCCCCAUCGUCCGGCAACAUCCCGCCGAAGCUAUCGUUCAUCCCCGAGGUCAUCUGCCCGGCCAACGCCUUCUAUUCCGUCGACAUCAUCAACCAUGCGGAGUUCUUCAGGCCCAUCGAGCUUAAGCGUCCAGCCGAGCUCUUCGAUGCCAUCGAGUUCAUCGGCCCGACCAACGUCUUCUCUGCCGUCAAGCUCCACAUUCCGCUGGCCACAACCGUCAUCAACUGGUUCAUCAAUGCGGUCAACUCCUUUAAUCCCAUCGAGCACAUCAACAUGGUCUCUGAUGUCAUCGACCUCAUCUACUCGCUCGAUCCGAUUUCGAUUACGUCAAGCGAACACAGAUGCUUUUCUUGA